UUCAGCUUUGCCGACGUGUUUCCUUGCUUUUCUCACAUGGUAUUUGAAAAACAAAGAAAUUAUCUUCAGCAUUGGUUGACUUUGAAAACUCAUGAGAAGUUGAACUCAGCUACUUCCCUGACAAAAACCAAUUGCAUUGGUUGAGUUGAGAAGGAGGAGGGUUGAUUUCUCUAUCAGUCAUUAUGGCGAAUCACGGUGAUUUCACGUAUGAUGUUUUUAUGAGUUUCAAGGGCGAAAACGGGACUCGCUACUCAUUCACCGAUCAUCUCUACCGAGCUUUGCUCCGUCACGGAAUCAACGCCUUCAGAGACGAACAGAGUCUCCGAAGCGGGGACGAAAUCCGUCCUUCUCUGUUUCAGGCAAUCGAAGCUUCCAGAAUCUCUUUGGUCGUGCUCUGUCAAAACUAUGCAUCUUCCUCUUGGUGCCUUGACGAACUGGCCAAGAUCCUUCACUGUUACGAAAACAAAGGAAAGCAUGUCGUUGCAAUUUUUUAUUUGGUGGAACCUUCCGAUGUACGGUACCAGAAAAACAGUUACGCAACUGCCAUGAGUAAACAUGAAAACAGAUAUGGAAAAGACUCGAAGAAGGUUAAAGCAUGGCGAUCAGCUUUGUCCAGAGUUUGCGACCUAACCGGAAUACACUACAGGAACCAUAUGUAUGAAACUGAGGUUAUUGAGAAGAUUGUGAAAGACACCUCAGCUAAACUGCCUCCCAUGCCUUUACAAAUCAAGCACCUAGUUGGACUUGAUUCUCGUUUCGAACGGGUGAAAUCUCUAAUAGAUGUUGAAUCAAAUGAUGAAGUUUGUAUACUGGGGAUCUAUGGGGUUGGCGGAAUUGGCAAAACCACAUUUGCUGUGGAUCUGUAUAACAAGAUCAGGCAUCAUUUUGAAGCUGCAAGUUUUCUGGCUAAUGUCAGAGAAAAAACAAAUAAAAGCAUUAAGGGCCUGGAAGAUCUCCAAAGGACACUUUUGUCUGAGAUGGGUGAAGAGACAGAAACCAUUAUUGGCAGUACAUUUAAAGGAAGUUCUGAAAUAAAGUGCAGGCUUGGACAUAAAAGAGUUCUUCUGAUUGUGGAUGAUGUUGAUUCUGUAAAACAAUUGGAAGCAUUAGCUGGAGGAUAUGAUUGGUUUGGUCCUGGUAGCAGGAUCAUUAUAACAACAAGAGAUAAAGAUGUUCUACAUAAGCAUGAUGUUGAAAUUAAAGGAUAUAAAAUGGAGGAGCUAAAUUAUCAGGAAUCCCUUGAGCUCUUUUGUUGGUAUGCCUUUAAUAGGAGCAGAGCUGCAGAAAACUUUGCUAACAUCUCUACUAGUGCAGUAAGAUAUGCAAAGGGUAUUCCGUUGGCAUUAAGAGUAAUAGGCUCCAAUUUGAAGGGUAGAGGUCCUGAAGAAUGCGAGACUGAAUUACAGAAAUAUAGAAAGGUUCCAGAUUCAGAGAUUCAAGGUGUACUGGAAAUAAGCUACACAAGCCUAUCCAACUUGGACCAGAAAAUUUUCCUGGACAUUGCAUGUUUCUUCAAAGGGGAAAGGUGGGAUUAUGUCAAAAGGAUACUAGAUGCUUGUGAUUUCAACCCGGAUAUAAAAGUAUUUGUUAGUAAAUGUCUCAUAACUGUUGAUGAAAACGGUUGCUUGGAAAUGCAUGAUCUAAUACAAGAUAUGGGUAGAGAGAUUGUUCGGAAGGAAUCCCCAUCAAACCCUGGUUACCGCAGCAGAUUAUGGUGUCAUAAAGAUGUUCAUGAAGUACUUAAAGAAAACUCAGGAAGUGAUACAGUUGAAGGAAUAAUGCUUUAUCCCCCAAAACAAGAAAAAAUAGAUUAUUGGACUAUGACAGCCUUCAAGAAGAUGAAGAACCUCAGAAUUUUGAUUGUUCGCAAUGCAAUAUUUUCGUCUGGUCCUAGUUAUCUGCCAAAUAGUUUACGGCUAAUCGAUUGGAAGGGGUACCCAUCAAAGUCUUUUCCGCCAGAUUUUUAUCCCCACAGAAUUGUUGACUUCAAGUUACCUCAUAGUUCUCUGAUAUUUAAAAAGCCAUUUCAGAGAUUUGAGGAUCUGACAUUCAUCAAUCUUUCCCAUUGUCAAUUCAUAACUCAAAUUCCUGACCUGUCUGGAGCUAAAAGCUUGAAGGUAUUUACACUUGAUAAAUGCUAUAGACUGACAAGGUUCGAUAAAUCCAUUGGGUUUAUGCCUAACCUUGUGUACUUAAGUGCUUCAGAGUGCACUCUGCUCACAAGUUUUGUGCCAACGAUGUAUUUGCCCUCUCUCGAAGUGCUUUCAUUUAACUUUUGCAGAAGACUUGAACACUUCCCUCAUGUAAUGCAAAAAAUGGAUAAGCCAUUAAAGAUAUACAUGAUGAGUACUGCCAUUAAAAAGAUUCCGGAAUCCAUUGGUAACCUUACUGGACUUGAGCAUAUAGACAUGUCAGUUUGCAAAGAGCUUAAAAAUCUGCCAAGUAGCUUCUUUUUGCUCCCAAAACUUGUCACUUUAAAAGUUGAUGAAUGCUCUCAACUUGGAGAAUCAUUUCAAAGGUUCCAAAAGAGCCGCCAUUCCGUGGUAAAUGGCAGUUCAAAUUUAGUGACACUUCAUUUUUGUGAGACUAAUCCAUCAUAUGAAGAUCUUUGUGCCAUUCUUGAAACUUUUCCAAAAUUAGAAGACUUAAAUGUAUCACACAACGGAUUUGUAGCCCUACCAAACAUCAUCGGAGGAUCUUCUCACUUGAAAAGUUUGGAUGUUAGUUUCUGCAGGAAUCUUAAGGAAAUUCCAGAACUUCCCUUAAGUAUUCAGAAAGUAGAUGCAAGAUACUGUCAGUCCUUGACUUCAGAGGCAUCAAGCAUGCUAUGGUCUAAGGUUUAAUUACAUUCACCGUACCAUUAUUCUUAU